CUAGCCGGGAUGCUGGCGGAGUCGGGGAGGGCUGUCAGGGAGAUGGCAGGAGCCGGCUCCGCGGGCGGCAACGGGUGAGGGGCUGGGGUCCCCGCGCGCCGAGCGGCAGGAGCCGCCCCCCGCCCGGACCCGGUAUGGCCGGCAUCAUCAAGAAGCAGAUCCUGAAACACCUGUCCAGGUUUACUAAGAAUCUCUCUCCAGACAAAAUUAACCUGAGCACACUGAAAGGUCAGGGGCAGCUGACCAACUUGGAACUGGAUGAAGAGGUGCUGCAGAAUGUGUUGGAGCUGCCCACCUGGCUAGCUAUCACCCGUGUCUACUGUAACAAGGCUUCCAUCCGGAUCCAGUGGACGAAACUGAAGACGCACCCGAUUUGUCUGUACCUGGAUAAGGUGGAGGUGGAGAUGCGAACCUGUGAAGAGCCUCGGCCACCCAAUGGACAGUCUCCCAUUGCUCUUGCUGCAGGUCAAAGCGAGUAUGGCUUUGCCGAAAAGGUUGUGGAGGGAAUGUUCAUUGUUGUCAAUUCCAUCACUAUCAAGAUUCACUCCAAGGCCUUCCAUGCCUCUUUUGAACUGUGGCAGCUCCAGGGAUACAGUGUGAAUCCCAACUGGCAGCAGAGUGACCUACGUUUCACCCGCAUCACUGACACUCAGAGAGGAGAGGUUUUGACAUUUAAAGAGCUCACUUGGCAGACACUUCGGAUAGAGGCAGAUGCCACUGACAAUGGUGAUCAGGAUCCCACUACCACUCCUUUGAGACUCAUUACCAAUCAAGGCAGGAUCCAAAUUUCUCUCAAGAGAAGAACCAAAGAUUGCAACGUGGUGGCAUCUAAGCUGAUGUUCCUCCUUGACGACUUGCUCUGGGUGCUGACAGACUCUCAGCUGAAAGCCAUGAUGAAGUAUGCAGAGUCCUUGAGUGAAGCCAUGGAGAAAUCUUCCCAGCAGAGGAAGAGUAUGGCACCAGAACCUGUCCUGACCACACCACCUGCUCCUAGUGCCCACCAGUCCUGGUCCCAGACAUUUGGAGGCAGUCUGAAUGCAAGCAGCAUCAGCCAGUACUUUGAGAAGUAUGACAUGAAAGAGUCCUCCUACCACCUAUUCAUCUCCCGUCUGGACCUGCACAUCUGUGAUGACAGCCACACCCGGGAGUCAGGCUCCUCAAAGCAUGGGGUGAUGGGAGGUGCAAUGCAGCUCACCUUCAGGAGAAUGGCUUUUGACUAUUAUCCCUUCCACUGGACAGGAGACUCCUGCAAGCAUUGGGUGAAGUACUGUGAGACCAUGGAGACUCGGGGAGAGUGGGCAAAGAAGCUGGUGAAUGAAUUUCAAAGCAAGAUGGAGAAGCACUGUGAAGAAAUGAAUGCUGGAUCCACUAAGACUCCAAGGUCCCCCUUCAAAAAGCAACCAGACAUUUUGUCCAGUCCUCACAAAAGCCCCCCAGAGAAAGGCUGCUUCCAAACACUGGCACCUCCUGCAAGCUUACCGCCGCUUCGGCACCCCUCGUGGAACCGUCUCCGAUCCAGCUGCAUGGUAGUCCGAGUGGAUGACCUAGACAUUCAUCAGGUUUCCACAGCUGGUCAGCAGAGUAAGAAACCUUCCACCUUGCUUUCCUGCAGCAGGAAAUCCCUCAACCUUCCAGACCAGGUCUCUGCAAUUCAUAUUGAGUUCACAGAGUAUUACUUCCCAGACAAUCAGGAAUUUCCAGUUCCCUGCCCAAACCUGUACCUGCAGCUGAAUGGCCUGAUGUUUACUCUGGAUGCAGUGAGCGUGCUCUGGGUGAAUCUCUUCUUCCUAGAUCUCUAUCGCAGCCUGGAGCAGUUCAAAGCCAUCUACAAGCUGGAGGACUCGGGAAAGCGGGAUGAGCAUGUUGAUGUCCGACUGGAUGGCUUUAGGCUGAAGCUUAGUAUCCCGGUGGAGAAGAAAGUAACUGAUCACCGGGACCGUCCCAAGGCCCUCUCCAUUCACACCUUGGAGAUGACUGCCACCAACUCACGCUAUGACCCUCACUGCAGCUGCUCAGCCCUCCAGAACAUCUUUCGCAGAUUUGCCAAUUCAGAGUUCUUCCACUCCACCUACACCCAGUUCCCAAAGUCUCAGGACAACUUCAGCAUCCUCCACACCCUCUUCUUACGCCAUGCAUAUCAGGUGGAAGCCAGAGCCCAGAAAUGCACUGGCUUUGCCCAUUCAACUUGGAGGACCUCCGCUUCUGAAGACCUGUGGUCUGUUUACUUCACCCAGAUCUCCCUGGACUUUGAGGGGGCUGAGAGUUCAAAGGGCAGAGCCCUUAACUUUAUUGACCCUUUCCCCCUGUCCAUUUGGGCUUGCCUUCCCAAGAGAUGGGAGCAAGCUCAGGUAUCCAAGCUGCAGGCCUCUGCUGCCUCAGAGUUGAAAAUCAAGCCUUCUGCUAGUUUUAGUAAUCAUGCCAAAUACCAGGACCAUACCAGAGAGCCUGGGCUCUGCCAAAGAUCAAAGACUGAGCAGGAUCUGAAAAGCAUUAAUAAGGUCCCGGAGGCAAAGGACAUCUUGGGAGAAUGUGACUGUGAUGAUGGCAGAGAGGAUGCUCAAGAGAUGGAAGCCUCUGCGGAUAUUCACAUGCUUGCGUACUCGACCGCUCAUGUGAAAAUGCGGCUCAACCACUACCAAUACCUGGUGCUGCUCAGGAUGAAGGAGAUUUUGCAGACACUGCAGGUGCAAUUGGCCCAAGAUACACAGGAAUUGACUGGAUCUUCGUUAGAACCCGUGACGGCAUGUAUGGGCAUCAUGUUCAACGGUGCUGAAAUGGCCCUGCUGAUGCAUCCCAUCCCAGGCUCUGGCUCGGAACCCAGGUCCAUGGACUCUGAUACAACGAGCCUGAUAGAAUCUGAGCUCUCACCCUCAGACAGCAGGGAGGGGCUGGCUACUGAAGAGAAGGAGCUUAAAUCAGAUGCCAGGUCAAAGAAGGAAUCGAGCAGCCCCUCAAAAGUCCUGGAAGACAGCGGGAUUGAAAACACGGAUGUGAGCAUGACCGUGUUGCCAGAGAGACUACCUGGAUCCUUGAGUGAUGGAGCUCUGGGAGCAGCUGACCCAGCAGAUCCACAGAGCAAGAGCAUGGCAGAGAGGGGCCCAGUUGAGGAAGCACAUGAAGCUGUAGAAGCCCUGGAUACAGAGAGACUGAGCGAACCCGGCAGCCACCCUCAAACCACUCUUGCCCUUUCUUCCAGCCAAUCCUCAGAUGCACUGCCAUUAGAGAGUGGAGACGACCUUCUCCAGGAGCAGGCAGAACUCAUCCCCUUGAAGAACCUAGAGGUAGAAUUAUCAAGCGCGCUGCAUAUGACUAAGGAUGCCACUAAGGAAGCCCUGCACGUGACCAUGGACCUCACAAAGGAAGCCAUGUCUAUAACUAAAGAUGCUUUCAGCCUGAGCCGGGAGAAGAUGGCUUCUACCGUGGAGAAAAUGCUCUCUCUACCCCCAACCAAGGAGCCUGUGACUAAAGCUGAAGAGGGGGCAGCAACCCCUGUGGGCGGCAGCAGCCGCCGAAUGCAUUUCUUCUCCAUGAAGAGGACUGCAUCCCAGCAUUCCUUUGAUGCCACCUCCCAAGACGGAAACUGCCCUGAGGACAGGCUGUCUGUGGACAGUGAUAGCAGUGAUGGCUUCGUGAUGCUCAUGGACCCUGAGCCUACCCUGGAUUCCCUCACCCCGGGACAACUUCUUCAGGACCUUCAUGAUGCAGGCAGCAGAGCGAGCCCAAUGGCAGAAGAUAAGGAUAGAGGGACGCCUGACAUGAACAGCUCAGCUUCUCAGAGUGGAGAAGACCCUAGCCUUCAGCUGGUCUCUGUUCUGGUGCUGAAAAUGAAUGAGGUGAACUGCGGGAUAGAGGCAAGAGGCGAUGAUCUAUCACUUGCUGUACAAGUUAUGGAGGUUACUGUAGAGCAGUUGGGCAAUAUUGGAAUGUGGCAGUAUCUACAAAGCAGCUGUGUGGGGGAUCCAAGCGUAGAGAAGCUCUUAGCCACAGAAGCUAAUCAGACCCAGCCAGAAGUGUGCUUACGACUUGAAAUAGGACCGAGCGCCAUUGUGCACUCACCUCUGGCUGUCCAGAAUGGGUUCCUUCACAUCCUGAUCCACAGCUCUUGUGCAGAGCUCCUGAUGUCCUCCCUCACCAACCUCGGACCCUUCCUCGAGGACGAAGUGGUACCUGAGGUGAUUCCCAUGAAGAUAGAAAUGGUGGAUGCCAAGAUUACACUGAAGGAUGACAGCCCUCGGGUGUACCCUACCUCUCCUGGCACCAUCCCCAUAACCUUGGUGGUGGAUCAUAUUGUUGUGAUGCGCAGCGAUGAUGGAGUGUUCUCAGUAACAGCUGCACAAAAGGAGGGACUAUCUUUACAGAAAAAGCCUGAGCAAGGUCUGAAGGAAAAGAAGGUCCCAGUAAAGAGACUCUUGGCAGUUCCAGCAGGAGCAGUACAUGAACAACAGCUAAAGGAAGCCCCAGCAUUGCAGAAGGAGCUGCACGCCAUGAAAAUUGCCCUAGCAGAAGCCAAUCUGGACAUAGGGCGCCUUCUGCAGGAAAUUAGGAAAUACGAUCCCCUCUUCCAGCUUUGACAGCAGAGGCCCAAGGCUGCAGCUGCUCAGGAGGAGCAGAGAUCACCACCAGCAUCCCGGCGGCUAGUUUGUUAAACUGCUGCUGAGAGGCCAACAUCAGCAGAGAGGAAUCGCCUUGGGGAAUGGAAACCUAAUUGCAAUUGCAGGAUGAACUCUAAGUGGGGUAGAAAGGGAGGAGGCCCUGGCUGGGUGAAGGGAAAUGAGCAACAAGGAGCCAUCUGGUUCUGGUUUUGCAGCCAUUUCCCUCUGUCCUGGCAGUACGGUGCUACACUCUAUAUCACUGAACCACUGCAGUGCUUAGUCUGCAAGCACAAAAUGCAGAACAGUAGUCAAGAGCCAGGCACCCCUGUCUAGUCAUCUUACAAUGGUGUUGCUGGCCUGCUGUCACACCACCGUUGCAUCUGCUUCCUUGUUCAUGUUGGUUUACAGGGUGGGUGGUGUGGGUGUCUGUACUUCCUUUGCUAUCUUCCUGGGUGUUCUUGCCCAAACACACUCACCAAAGAGCACAGGCAAAAGCAAUAAUGUCAACUUGUCCAGUUAAGGCAUAGUCAAACAGGGCAGAAGAAGUUUGUUUUUUAGUGAGUGUGUAUGAUGUGGAAGAAGAUGGGAUGGAAAUGCCGGGGUGAUUGGCUGUGAGAGAUAUGGAAAUAACUUCUCCCCAUAAGGGAGAGGGAACAUGACUUGCAGAUGUCCCGCCCGCAGCCUGUCUAGUGAAGUACAAAGUGGAAAAGGGGACUAGAAGAGACCCAACAGUUUGCAGUCCCAGGACAGAACGAAGCCAUGUGAUACUAGAUUUAGGAAGGCACCCUGUUCACACCUGCUGUCCCUGAACCCCACCUCUCACGCUGUGUCCAUAUACUCUGGCUAUUGCCUUUAGCCUUGUGUGAAGGCUGCCAGUUUGAAAAAUGACCCUCGCUCAUUAGCUGAAACCACGGGCUGAGUUCAGCUUAGUGUUCUCCGUGCUAAAGAGGGAGAAAUCCAGCCUCUCCUAACGAAAGAUGAUUUAACCGCUUCUUGAACUGACCCCCGCUUCUUGAACUGACUCAGGCUGAGUGCAGAGUUUAUAGGCUAAGAGGUAGGAGAGGAAGAAGGCCUGUAAUCUCCCUUUGUGAAGUGUACUACACUCAGACAUAUCUGCCAGGGGUUCACAGACUGAUAUGGGAGGAAAAGCACUGACAACAACAACCACGCAUAUUCCAACCUAGUCAUGUAUUUUGAGCUAGAGAUGAAUCAAGUGAUGUGGAAGUUCCGCUAGGGGCUGAUGGUGUAUGUUUCAUCAGGGUGCUGACACUCAGACUUUUCCUGAGUGGCUUCUGGCUACCUUGGCUGCUUUCCGCUAGUUCUCUGAAGGCAGUGAAAACAGCAGCUGGGUAAUGUUCACUCUUGGAAGAUGCUAAGUGCUCACCUUCUCCAGGAUGCUUCCGUGAUGAAGGUGAAGUGGCCAAAGCCACAGUGUGACUUUCUUCAUUUAAAAUUAAAUGGCUUUUGCAGGUAAGAAAACCUAAUAGAAGGUGACGUGGGAGUUCAUGAAAAGAAGUUAUUGAUGAAAAGGCCCUUUACAAUGUUGCAGGAAUCAAUUGCUCUUCUAAAGGCUGAUAAGUUUGCUAUUUCUUCACUUUACUUGGCUGAGCUAGUGCACAGUCUUGGCACUGGGUGAGGAAGCAAAUACAUGUGUGUCCUUCUUAACUAACUAGGGAAUAAACAGAACAUGAUAGAAUCCAGCAGAGCGAGAGAGUGUGAUAGAAGAAAGUGCUGGAUGGAAGAGUAAGCGGCACAAUUUAAGACAGAACCAUACACGUGUCAGAACGGAGACUACCCACCCACUGCACUUUAUUCUGAGUCUCUUGGAUUUUAAUGCAUUUCAAACUUUUUAUGGAUUGGAUUUCUCCAGAUGUAUUUUAUAUUUGUAUUAAUGCACGAUUUGUAAUCCAUACAACACUUUUUCUAGUGCCUGUAGAACAAACAGAUGAUCCCCACCCAUCUUGAUGAAUUAAGGUCUGGGGGGUGAUCAGAAGGAAGAAAAUGACUUUUAAUGUAACCUUUUUUCCCUGCAUAUUUGUUCCUUUGCUCAAUCCUGGACCUAUCAGGUGUUUCUCUUUAAUAGGGAAUUUGUAGUUUAAGCCCUUCAGCUGUAGGGAGGAAGGAUGCAUGUUUUUAUUUGCUCAUUUGAUGGUUUAGAUUUGGAGAGGGUAAAAAACAAUGGCUUGGAAAGAGCCAACCAUGAAUUUCAUGCAGAUGUCACUCCAAAGUCAGGGUGUGGAAGAAAGGAGAGGAGAUGAACAGGAUGCCAGAACCCAACACAGACAGCUGCUGUUCUUGGGAUAAUUUUAAAUUCAAAAUCUUUUGACUAAAUUAGGCAGAAGAUGGAACUGAAUGGCACACUGUAGUCUUUGACCAGUACCAUUGAAAAGACAGUAGCCUGCGGGCCAAGACAGCACUGACUUACUGCUGUAAGAUGGAGGACACUAUCUCUGCUUGUCUGUCAAGGUCCAACUGCCCAAUGCCUAAAAACAGGUAUGGCAACAGCCGCAAGAGCCUGACCUUCACUGCGUGCUCUGAGAGCUGGCAAUUAGAAAUUAUUUUGCUUCUGAAGGGAAAAUUCUGUUUUAAACAAACAAUCUGAGCUGAGCAUUAGCCUGAGGCAAACGUAGGGUACCGGAACUCCAGAAGGCUUUGCAGUUGUGGUACAGUCUUUCCUCAUCUAAGUCAGCUGUGGUGGCUACUGUGUAUUAUAUCUUGUUUGGCUGCUGUCGUUUUCAUACAUUCAUUUCUGUCCCUGGAAGAGGGGGGCAUAGUCCACCAUCUCUCUGUAGGAGAAUAUUACUGCUUUUCCGCAAAAGCAUCUUUCCUGUCCUACGCCUCUUCAGAACAGCUCCUGUGAUAGGUUAUAUGUGCAUUACUACCUAUGCUGAAAAAUCCUCAAAUGUAGCAGCCCUUGUUUGAUCCGAUGGGCAGAGAAUCUGUUACCAGAAGACUGCACUUUAACUUUGAGCAGUCGUAUGGGGAUAGACCAACUGGGUAUUUCUCCACCACCUUUGCCCUUUGUAUGCACAGAAUAAUUUUAAAAUAAAGAAAAGGGGGUUUUAGAAAUGCAAGAAUUAUCUCCUGUGGUGAGGAUCACCCUGUCACUAAGCUGAACAGUUUUCUCGUAAGACCGGCACUAAUGCUGUAGUGCAUCCAUUUAUCUGUAACCAGACUUGCUGUGAAACUAAUGUACAACAGCUAAUUGUAGGUGUAAAAGACAUCUAAUGUUGUGAAGCGAGUGUGUAAAGUCCAAGCUUUUGUUGCAAAGGUGAAGUUGUUGGUCACUUUCAUAUAAAUGGAGGUUAACAUUCUUUAGUCCAACUUCUGUGCUUAUAUGCACACUCCAUCUCUUCCUGUUGAAGUAAGGGUACUGCUGCAAGUGCUAUUGUGAGGGAGGGGAUGCUGAUCCCACUGCUUUAAUCACAGUGUGCUUGAAAAUCACUUCCCCCCCUCGCCCCCCCCUUUUUUUUUCUUUAAGAUGUUCAGAGUCUUUUAGCAGUUUGUGAUAGGGGAAGGCUUUGCACAGCACUGUUAUUUAGCUGCAGUGGCAUGAAGCUACUUCCCUUUCUCAUCCGCCACUGCAGCCUAAACAGAGCUGGAACUUAGUUUCCCAUAGUGUGACCACAGGGGCUUGCAUCAGUCAGUAUAGGGCUAGGUUCAGGAAAAAACUGGGUGCUUCUCUUUAUUUGUAUUCUGGUACAAUACUGGGACCCUACUUAUCAGAGCCUCACUGGGCUCCCUGUUGUAUAAAAGCUUCCGCACUGUUGAGGACUGAAGGGAGCAGCUGGAACGGGGGAAAGAUAGUGAGGUUGAUAAAAUAUUACUUUGUUUUAAGUGUUAUGGGAAGGUUGAUUUUUGAAGACUUUGCUCUACUGUUGUAUGUUCUAUUAAAUGAGCUAAAUUAAUUCUUAUAACUGCAGUAUUACAUUAGAAAUGAGUGUGGAGUGCAGUAGCUCUUGUUAGUUUGAGGGCACCACUCUUAUCUGCUUAUAAACAAGAUAGAAGUCUGACUUGAAUUUAAGACCUAGUCAGUAUUGGAAUUUUAUGUUGCAGUUUGACAUUUCCAUGAGUGCAUUUUUUUGGUUCUGUGAACCACCUUUAAAAAAAAAAAACCCACUAAACUUAA